AUGGAGAAUAGUAAUAAUGCAGUGGAUAGUGUGCCUAUGUUCCGCGAUAUAAGACAUAAUGAAAGUAUUUUCAAGUUGCCGAUUAGUGAGCUCUCAUUUAAUGGCACAAUUAAACAUGUCCAGAAGCUGAAGCCAAUUGUGGAUCCUCUCACAGCCCUAAGCACUGUGAGUGCAUUGAAUGAAAACCCAAUGGAGCAUGCAGAGUGUUUUGCUGGCAGCAGUGCUCAUGUAAAUUCAUCUUCAGAAAAAUAUGGAAGCCAAACAACCAGUGACACAUCUGAAGAUAGAAACACAUGUGACAUGGCCAGGCUUGAUAAAACAACUGAGAGCAAUGGGGAUUCUCAGUAUGAAGAAUUCAACAAUAAAAAAGAGUGUGUUCUUAAUGAUGAAGGUAGCAAUACCAAAUGGAACUUGGAACAGAGUUACUCAUCAAUAGAAACUUCAUUUGACAGUGGAGUUAGGUCCCCUGAUAUGUUUUCGGAUGAUGAGGGUGAAUCAAGUCCACCACAAGAACCUUUCUGGAAUUUUCUUAAGGAUUUUGAAGCUUAUGAUAAAAAGAAAGUUAAGAAGAUUGAGGAAAAGCUGCAAGGAAUCCUACCACCACCAUCAGUGACUACUUUAAAAACAGAUGUUACUGAAAUGCUCAAGAAAUACUAUUGUUUUCUGCCAGCAUUUAAUGAAGAUGAAAAAGUCAACAUUGAGGCUAAUUCCAUUACACCAACUAAGAAGGUUUCGUUUGUCCACAUCCCAACCAUUUCCAGUGCAUGUGAUGCAUUUCAAGAGACCUCAACUAACAACUCCCAUAUACAAAAGUCAAUAACAAGUAUUACAAGAGACAGCAAUGUGUCUGAUUGCGAAUUGAACACUAGUGUUAAUGACAAGAGCAUAGAACUAAAAAUGUGUACUAAUAUUGAAGCAAGGGAGACUCUUUGGCCAGAUGUUCUUAAAUGCAGAUAUUAUGACGUAUACUACAAUGUGUCAAACUAUACUGAGAAAUAUGAAUUGUUAUUGCAACGGUACAGAGAGAGAUUUGUUGGAGGAGAAACCGAUACCAGUGUUAAUAUUUAUUCUGGUGGUCUGCAGUCCCCUAGCAGUGCAAGCAAGCGGAAAGCAUUAAGGCUCAAACUGGCCCAGGCGAAGUCCCCAGGGCGGCGGCUGUCGCACCUGGCUAGGCGCCGCCAGGCUUUCUGCAGCGCGGCCACCAUCAGCGAGAAGGCGCACGCAGCUACCGCCAAAAUGGUCCUGAUAGAUAAAAACUUCUUCCCGCACAGGAAGCUGAUCAACUCCGCCGAGAGGAGGAGUCCGCGCCAGCGCCGCACGCCCGGCAAGCGGACGCCGGGAAAGAAGACGCCCGCGAAGACGCCCAAGACUAAGAGCGGCGGCUCCAGCAGGAAGAAGGCGAUGAGGCGGCUGCUGAUGGACCCCGAAGCCCUGACGCGCUCGCAGCCCACCAGGGAGACCCUCAAGCGGGCGCUGUUCGUCAGCCCCGACGGCAGCAAGUCCAUACCGGCCGCCCCCACCUCAGCGCCCCACCAAGCGAUGAGGUCGAAACGCGCCCUCUUCGGAUCGCCGGUGGGCGCGGAUACGAAGAGUCUCGACGGCACCGUCAGCGACCAGUUCCCGAAGCGAAAGCGCGACCCCUUCGACGAUGGUGCGGACAACGGGAGAAGCAAGAUCGCCAAGAGUCUCUCCUUCGGCGGAGAUACGAUCGGCUCCCAGCCGGUCGCGUUCAGCCGCCGCGCCUCCGAAGUCCUCCCUGCUAAGGGCUCCUCGGAAUUGAACGAGACGCAUAAGAAGAAGCUGCUGUGGGCGGUCUCGGAGGCGCUCCGCGUCCACGGCUGGCGGAUGUCGUCGCCCGGCUUCCGCGAGAAGGCGUCCGCGCUGGCGCAGCUGACGAGGCGGCUGCUCACGCUGCCCCCGCACGCGGCCCGGCUGGCGGCACCCAAGCUCUCCACAUCGGAGACCAUGCUCAAAUUGGCGCGCCAGUACGUGUUCGCGAUCAUCCAGGGCCGCAGCAUCGAGGAGUGCUACCAGGAGGAGCAGGCGAAGCUGGCCAGCGAUCCGGCCAAGCUCUCCGGCUACAUAUCCGCCACGGCGUACCAGCAGUUGAAGGGCAGGCAGCCGCCGGCGACGCUGACGUCACAGAUCAAGGAGAACAGCUGCUCUAGCGUUUCCUUCAGGCAGGAGACGAAGAGCGCCACGAAGAACAUCCUUCAGGAUAAGCUGGUGAACAUAGACAGCAAUAGCAACAGUAGCAGCGGUAUGAGCGUGUUCGACAAGGUCGGCAUAUACAAGUCCAACUCGAUGCCCUCCUUCGAGGAGGCAGCUAAGAUGCGCGCCAGGAGGCAGAUAAGCUUCGACAGCGUCGACUUCCCGAAGAGA